CAUUUUAGUUGAUUGAAAAUAAUUUUAAUAGUCUAAGUGAUUUUUCGUGUUGAAAUUCGCAGCGAAAAUGAUAAUAUAAACGGAGUAUUUUUCUUUAUUAAAUUUCUGUUAAUGAUGAAAGACAUGUGUUUGCAUUGACGGUCCUGGACGCACAUUUAAAUUUCAAAAGUUACGGAAGAUUUUCGUAGUAUGGUGGUUUGCGCGGACUGCGCAUUGGGCUGUUGGGCAUAGUAUUCGUACUGCUAUACGGAUUUAAAUGUGUACUUUAAAUGAGUCCCGGAGCCGGCUUUAGCCAAUGGGAUUAAACGAAUGCGAACCCCCUUUAUGGUGUUGCUUGCCGAGUCUGAACUCUCGCAGUACUACACAAUGCAAAUGCACAUACACUGACAUACAAAUUUCGGAAUUACGGAACAAAUUGAUAUCAAGGAGGUUAGUUUUGCUGUUCAUAAAGGUACUACAAAUAUAUUAACCAUGGCUUCUCCAUCUAAAGCGCUCAAAGAUCUGAGGCUACCAGUUUCAAGAGUGAAAACCAUAAUGAAAAGUUCGCCACAAGUUGAAGCAAUAGGUCAAGAUUGCUUGUUUUUAGUAGCUAAAGCAACGGAAUUAUUUAUUCAUUUUUUGUCGGAAGAAGCUUAUAAAAAGUCUAAUAAAGCUGCUUGUUUAGACUAUAAGCAUCUGGCAGAAGUUGUUCACACAGAAGAAGUUUUAGAGUUUUUAAGAGAAAUUAUGCCAAGAAAGAUAACAGUUCGUCAAUUCAAGCAAAUGAUGGCAGACAAAAAUCCUGAAACUUCAUCAGAUUCCGACAGUGACAGCCAGUCAGAUAGUGAAUCUAAUUCUGAUAGCGACGAGAAAAUGGAAAAUGGUAAUUCUUCAGAUAGUAAUGAUAGUAAUAAAAAGAAUGGAAAUGAUUCUUCUGAAGAAAGUAGUGAAAGUGAGGAGGAAAAGAAAACUUAAUUGUUUUGUUGUAUUGUACAAAAUGUGUGUAAUGAUUACCAUGUAAGAUUCAACUAACAUCAGCAUAGUUAUGAAAAAGUCUGAAUUACAUGUUAAGAGUAUAUAGCAUAAACUUAACAUUUUUAAAAUAAUAUUUUAAAAAAUGAAAUUU